GCCCGGUACACAAGAGAGUGACCUGCCAACCUGCGCGCUCGCUCGCUCGCUCUCUCGUUCUCUUGCUCUCUCUCGCCCGAACGUUCGACCGACCGACGGAGCGGCCGGCUUGCGUUCACCUGCGCGCAAGGUUGCUGCGGGAGAAGCAUAGCGGCGGCGACGGCGGCGCGCGGUUCUUCUGAGUUCUUCGCGUGAACCGACCACGAGCGAGAACGCGACGAACGCUCCGGCGUGGACGCGUCGCGAUCAGCGCGCGUUGCGAGCGAGCGAGCGAGUGAGUGAGUGAGUGAGUGAGUGCGUGCGUGCGUGAGUGCGUGCGUGCGUUCGCCGUCCGGUCAGCUACGUUGUUUUCCACGUAGCUUCGCGUUCAGCAUUAUCGCCGAUAUACGCGGUGAUACACAGGUCGAGGAACCAACCGAUCGAGCGAACGUAGCAGACGGGCGGCCGAACGACCUGACACACAACAGAGAGACAUGGACAUCGAUCCGGCUGAUCAUGUCGAGAACUUGCACGAUGACAAGCCCGAGAAAUUAGGGAGGAAUUUUCAUAAUAUAGGACAUCAUCCAGCCAUGAGAGAUGUAGAUCAAAAUAAUCACAUUGAGAUGCAUGACGACAAGAUGGACCUCAAGAUAGGAAGAGACUUUCGUAAUCUCGGCCAUCAUCCUGGAAUGGUUCAUUUGCAUUCUGGCUUGGAGCAUUUGACUAAUGUUGAUGUUGAGGUGAAAUUAGCGAGGGACGUUCGCGGCUCAUUAGGUUUAGGGCUGUCCUUAGAACUUUGUGUAGUUUGUGGAGACAGAGCUAGUGGCAGGCAUUAUGGAGCAAUCAGCUGCGAGGGUUGCAAAGGUUUUUUUAAGCGCAGCAUCCGCAAGCAGCUGGGCUACCAAUGUAGAGGAAGCAAAAGCUGCGAAGUUACCAAACAUCACAGAAAUCGUUGUCAGUAUUGUAGACUUCAGAAAUGCUUGGCGAUGGGUAUGAGAAGCGACUCUGUACAACAUGAGAGAAAACCGGUGUUGGGUGAUUCGACUGGGACAAAAGUUGGCAACCGUAACCCUAGGGUAAAACCUGAGCCGCAACAGCCUGCGCCCGAGACACUGCCGACUUGGGAGCAACCCGAGAGUCCUAGCAUGGAAGACCAAAGCAGCGAUAGUGACGCUCUCAGCGAUGCUUUGACCUUAGCUCGUGAGCGUUUACUUCUUUCUCAUGCGUUAGCAGAUAGCAUGGCUAAAAUCAUUGGUGAUAAUGUUAAUGGCUCGAGCGAACCGGAGGAAGAAUGGACCGGCCAAUUAAUCUCUGAGCGAAAUACGUUGUUUGAAUUGAGGGCGCCUAGCCCAGCACCUGUGUAUUUAUCUAUUCACUACAUAUGUGAAAGUGCAGCUAGACUAUUAUUCUUGUCUGUACAUUGGGCACGAGGAAUUCCAGCAUUUCAAGCUUUGCCAUCUGACGUUCAAACUACUUUAGUUCGAAGUUCCUGGGGACAAUUGUUCACAUUAGGUCUGGCACAAUGUGCAUAUACCUUGUCACUUCCUAGUAUUUUGACGUCGAUAAUUAAUCACUUGCAAGCUAGUAUCGCACAAGAGAAAGUCACUGCUGGCAAAGUAAAAUGCGUUACAGAACAUAUAUGGAGACUACAGGAUUGUGUAAAUUCACUGCACAAGCUGCAAGUGGAUUCCGUCGAAUACGCAUAUCUUAAAGCUUUAACGCUUUUUAGUGCCGAUAAUGUCUUAGCAGGCAUCUGGCAUAAGAAAGUUGAAGUCUUGCAGGAAGCAGCAUGGACGGAGCUGCAGCAACGUGUAGGCUCCGAUAGAUUACCUCGCCUUCUGUUGAGGCUAGCACCUCUCCGCUCAAUUAAUCCUAGAGUUCUGGAGGAUCUCUUCUUCUCGGGUCUCAUUGGUCGAGUAAGCGUGGCUAGCGUCGUGCCUUAUAUCCUUACCAUGCAAGAUUAUAAAACUGAACCAGAGAGUCAUGUAGGGUGACGAAUAUUGUCAGUGCAAUAUAAAUCGUGACCUAAAAGAGUGAUAUAAACGUAAAUGUUGGAUGCCUCGUUUUAGUACAACGAAAAUCUUUAUCCAAACGCGAACCGUUGACAUAAUUUUUAUUUUCGCAUUUCCCUUUUUCUUUUCGAAUAUUUGCACAAGAAUAUGACGCAAUGAUGAG